CUUAAAUAGCGACGGACUCUCAUGUGCGCAGAAGAGCAGAACAUCUCCAACACGAACACACACACACACAUAUAUACAGACACUUUAUCAUCAGAGCGUCUCUCUGCAGGGGGAAUCAUGAUUCUCAGAGGACUCGUUUUGUGUCUCUUAUUGUGGAGUUCCGAGAGCAGCAGACAUGCAGAAAUGCUGGACGAUGAUACCGUGUUCGACCUGUUCGAGCUCACUCAUCUGCAUAAGAAGCAUCACGGGGUGAGUUUGGUGAAGGGACCCGAUCCAUACAGCCCCGCGUACAAGAUCCUGAACCCGAACCUGAUCCCCUCCGUGCCCGAGCUCUCCUUCAGGGACCUGAUCUACUCCAUCCAGAGCGAGAGAGGCUUCAUCUUCACCGCCAACCUCAAGCAAGCCAAACGCACCCGGGGCAGCCUGAUCUCCGUGGAGAGGACUGACGGCACCGGGUCCGUCUUUGAGAUCAUAUCCAAUGGGAAAGCCAACACCGUGGAUCUGGUGUACUGGACCGCGAGCGGACAGCAUGUGGUGUCCAUCGAGGACGUGAGCGUGGCGAACGGGCACUGGAAGAACAUCACGGUGUUUGUGCAGGAGGAUCGAGCUCAGGUUUAUGUGGGCUGCGAGGAGAUCAACACUCAAGAACUCGAUGCUCCGAUCCAGCAGAUUCUGAGUCAGGAGAGCGCGGACAUCGCCAGCCUGAGGAUCGCCAAAGGAGCCGCCAAAUCCGAUCGCUUCAUGGGAGUUCUUCAGAAUGUGCGGUUUGUUUUUGGAACGACGCUGGACGCGAUUUUACGCAAUAGAGGAUGCGAGAGCUCAACCUUCAUCACAGAUGUCAUGAACUUUGAGAACUCCGUGAAUGGAUCCAGUCCGGCCAUCCGCACUGAUUACACCGGACACAAGUCUAAAGGUCUGCAAGACAUCUGUGGAUUCUCCUGCGACGAUCUGACCAGCAUGUUUACGGAGCUCAAGGGACUCGGUGUGGUGGUGAAGCAGUUGUCGAACGAGCUCCGCCAAGUGACAGCAGACAACAGCUUAAUAAUGAACCAGAUUCAAAUCCACAAAGGAGUCUGUCUGCACAACGGCAUUGUUUACCGAGACAAAGACGAGUGGACGGUGGACAGCUGCACGCACUGCACAUGUCAGAACUCCGCCACUGUGUGUCGUGAAAUCUCCUGCCCUCUCAUGCCCUGUGCCAACGCCACUGUCCCAGAUGGUGAAUGUUGCCCGCGCUGCGGAACACCGAGUGAUGCGGGUGUAGAAGACGGCUGGUCGCCCUGGUCCGAAUGGACACACUGUUCGGUGACCUGUGGAAGAGGCGUUCAGCAGCGCGGACGCUCUUGUGACCGGAUCAACAGCAACUGCGAUGGCACGUCCGUCCAGACGAGAGACUGUUACACGCAAGAGUGCGACAAACGCUUCAAGCAGGAUGGCGGCUGGAGCCACUGGUCUCCCUGGUCUUCCUGCUCAGUGACGUGUGGCGAGGGCGUCAUCACUCGCAUCCGGCUGUGCAACUCCCCAACGCCUCAGAUGGGUGGCAAAGACUGCGAGGGAGACGGUCGCCAGACUGAGCCAUGCCAGAAGGCCCCGUGCCCAGUGAAUGGAGGUUGGGGACCCUGGUCACCAUGGGACUCUUGCUCCGUCACGUGCGGUGGAGGACUGCAGCGCCGACACCGUUUGUGUAACAGCCCUGCUCCCAAAUACGGUGGAAAAGAAUGUCUGGGUGACUCCAAAGGAAGCCGUUUGUGCAACGCCCAGUUGUGUCCCGUUGAUGGUUGUCUCUCUAACCCGUGCUUCGCCGGCACCAAAUGCACUAGCUUCCCCGAUGGCUCCUGGACGUGCGGAGAGUGUCCGGUUGGAUACACUGGGGAUGGAGUCCACUGUCAAGACAUUGAUGAGUGCAAAGAAGUUCCCGAUGCCUGUUUUGUGCUCAAUGGAGUCCAUCAGUGUGAGAACACGGAACCGGGCUACAACUGCCUGCCCUGCCCACCACGCUACUCCGGACAACAGCCCUUUGGCAGAGGAAUGGAGCAGGCCAUUGCCAAUAAACAGGUCUGCACACCAAGAAACCCAUGUGAGGACGGCAGCCAUGACUGCAAUAAGAAUGCCAACUGCAUCUACCUAGGAGUCUUCUCCGACAUCAUGUUCCGCUGCGAAUGUAAACCAGGCUAUGCUGGGAACGGUUACAUCUGUGGAGAGGACCCAGACCUGGACGGCUGGCCAAACACAGACCUCCACUGUGUGGAAAACGCCACCUACCACUGCAAGAAGGACAACUGUCCUGACCUUCCCAACUCUGGGCAAGAAGACUACGACAAAGAUGGAACUGGAGAUGCUUGUGACAGUGAUGAUGACAAUGAUGGGAUCCCUGAUGAGGGGGACAAUUGCCCGUUCAUCUUCAACCCAAGACAGUACGACCACGACCGCGAUCAAGUUGGCGACCGAUGCGAUAACUGCCCGUACGACAGUAAUCCAGAACAGACCGACACCGACAACAAUGGCGAGGGUGAUGCGUGUGCCAUAGACAUCGAUGGUGACGGCAUUCUGAAUGAGAAGGACAACUGUCCAUAUGUGUACAACACUGACCAGAGAGACACUGACUGGGACGGAGUCGGUGACCACUGUGACAACUGCCCGCUGGAGCACAACCCUGACCAGAUUGACUCAGACUCUGACAACAUUGGAGACAAGUGUGACAGCAACCAAGACAUCGAUGAGGAUGGACAUCAGAACAACCUUGACAACUGCCCCUACAUCCCCAACGCCAACCAGGUCGACCACGACAAGGAUGGCAAAGGAGACGCCUGCGAUCAUGACGAUGACAAUGAUGGCGUACCUGACGACAAAGACAACUGCCGACUCGCCUUCAACCCAGAUCAACUGGAUUCGGAUGGUGAUGGCCGAGGUGACGUUUGCAAAUACGACUUUGACCAAGAUAACGUGCUGGAUAUUCACGAUGUCUGCCCGGAGAACUUUGCCAUCAGUGAAACAGAUUUCCGCAGGUUCCAGAUGGUUCCCCUCGAUCCCACAGGAACUUCCCAAAUCGACCCCAACUGGGUCGUCCGUCACCAGGGCAAAGAACUUCUGCAGACCGUCAACUGCGAUCCUGGCAUUGCCGUUGGUUAUGAUGAGUUCAAUGCAGUGGACUUUAGCGGCACGUUCUUCAUCAACACAGACCGUGAUGACGAUUAUGCCGGCUUUGUGUUUGGCUACCAAUCCAGCUCACGUUUCUAUGUGGUGAUGUGGAAACAGAUCACACAGACCUACUGGUCUCAUACGCCCACCAAAGCCCAGGGUUACUCUGGACUGUCCAUUAAAGUAGUGAACUCCACUACAGGACCGGGCGAACAUCUCAGGAACGCUUUGUGGCACACUGGAGACACCGAAGGACAAGUGCGUACCCUUUGGCACGACCCCAAGAACAUUGGCUGGAAGGAUUACACUGCCUACAGAUGGCACCUGAUCCACAGACCCAAAACCGGACACAUCAGAGUUAUCAUGUAUGAGGGCAAGAAAGUCAUGGCAGAUUCAGGAAGCAUCAUUGACAAGACAUACGCUGGAGGAAGACUUGGCCUCUUUGUCUUCUCUCAAGAGAUGGUUUACUUCUCAGACCUCAAAUACGAAUGCCGAGAUGUAUAACAGUUUUACCAAAGGACGUGCCGUCUAUCUGUUCUUUUCUGUCGGUUUAAAUGUGUUGUGUGUUAUAAAACUCUCUUCUGUGGUGGGAUCAAGGAUCCAAACGUGGAGGCCAAAAACUAUCAAUCCAAAUGAGGACCACAGGACAAGGUCGAGCAUGAUGGUCCAUCAACACUUUCAUCUCAUCGAUCUCCUUGAAUCUCAAUGGGAGUCUCAAUCAGUUUCUAGUUUCUUAACAUUUGGUGGGUAAAGGGAAGCUCUUCUGUAAUGUCACCUCAGAUCUGCUGUGGACUAUGAUCAAGACAGAAUGGAGUCGCUUAUGAACUGAAGUAAAAGCUUCUCCUCGAUUCUGGUGGGUUUGAGAUCCCACAGGAGGAACUGUUGAGGGACGACGCACAGGACGGACGGACUUUGUGAAAGCAUGGACGUUUGUCAUUGAGACAUCCAGAUCUUCAGGUCUCUAUGAUUCAGGCUUGAUUUUCCACAAGUUAUCCAUUACCCCCUUCUGCUUUUGAUCAGAUUCAAUCAUUGAUGUUGACAACCAAAGCGUCUUAAUUUCACUGUUUAUAGAGUGGAGUCUUUCUCAGGGCUAGAAGGACCUUUGUGACUCACCGCUCGAGGAGGAAGUUCAUGUCUUAGAUUAAUACACAAAUGAGCUUGAGUUUUUGUGGUUCUAAACAAGCAUAAAUGAAAGAGGAAGUGGAGAGAUUAUAGAAGCAUAACAAGCGCACUUGUUUGAUUUAUUUAUUGUGUUGAGAGGAGAUGGAUAACAUGAGAAUCAUCUCAGUGCCACUUAUUACUGAAACAAACAAAGAGAACAACUGGAGCUUUGAGAGCGUUUCCUUCAGGCCAGGAGGAGCCGACUGGGGUGAAUGAAUAUGAACAAAAUAUGAUGUAAACAUACAAAUAUUACCUCAAUGUUGUAUAAUUGAACUCAACAAAAAUUACAAAUGAUAUCAGUGCCAUUUAUACGUUUGUUUUAGAGCUACUGUAUGUAGUAAAACAUUCCUUCUGUAAAUAAUUCAACAUUUUUUGGAUGAGAUGCCCCAGUAGAACAUGAAUGGAAAGUUGUUAAUAUAAAUAGUUUGUGCCUAAUUAAUGAUGUCUUUUUUUUGUUUUAAGUAAGUUAUUGGUAAAGUUUUUUUUCUAUUUUAAUGUAGAUAUAUGCUAUUUAAAUAAUUUAUAAUGAACUGUAACCUGACAUUGGAAGUAUUUGUAUAAACUGUUUGCACACUGAUGAGGAUUUUCUUUGUUUUCUAUGUUUAAGGAUGCUUCAGUGUCAGUAUUGUUACCAGUUUAAUAAUUCUUAUCAAUCAUUUUAUAAUGAUCACAUGAACAAUAAAACAUUUUGAGUAAAAA